GGGGCGCUCGACGCAGGUUGGAUAUGCAACGUCAUAAACUCACGGACCUGGAGCACUGCACACUAGCAUGGUGAUCGCGAUCGCGUUACCACGUGCAAAAAUAGAGUGUAGCCCCGUACUACACUGAGAUUUUCGUUUAGCCUAUCUGAUAAUUGCGAAGCAGUCUGCGAAGGAACCGCUAACAGCAGAUAACAGCCGUGCUUGCGUGUGUCACAAACGGAACGCAGUUUUGACGAUAAUUUUUAAAGUAACAUGGAGAGUGAUUGUGUGUAUAUUACUGCAGAGGAUUUGUAGACAGUCGAGAGGGAACAAGAACCAGGAAGAAUGACACGGCUGGUAUUCGUGUUCAUCGCUGUCUUCGCACUUCACACGUGCCUUGAUGGUGGCGGCUGCCUGGCGCUGCGCGGCGUCAAGCUGUGGGUGCCCGAGGCAGUGCGCGCCGGAUCGCGCGUGCGCCUCCUCUGCGACUACGACCUCGAGCAGGCGGCGCUCUACUCCAUCAAGUGGUACCGCGGCGACCAGGAGUUCUACCGAUACGUGCCCAAGGAGAGCCCGCCCACCAGGGUCUUCGCACUGCCGGGCGUCAACGUCGACGUGUCGCUCUCUGACGAGCGCGAGGUGACGCUGGAGGACGUGCAGCCGCGGCUGACGGGAGAGUACAAGUGCGAGGUGUCCGCCGACGCACCGCUCUUCCACACCGACAUCAAGACCGCCCACAUGACCGUCGUCGACGCCCCGACAGAGGCGCCGCUGAUCUCUGUGGAGCGGCAGCGAGACUUCAUCGUGGCCAACUGCACGUCGCGACCUUCCGUGCCGGCCGCCAACAUCUCCUGGCUCAUCAACAGCCACCAGAUCCCAAACUCGGCGCCGACGGUGGUGUCGGACGCCGGGGGCGGCCGGAAGACGUCGUGGUCGUCGCUGCAGCUGGCGGUGGCGUCGCUGACGUACCCGGAGGCGGUGAUGCGCCUCCGCUGCGUCGCCGCCAUCUUCAAGGUGUACCGGCGGAGCAGCGAGUCCGUGGAGCUGGUCGACGACGUCCCGCAGAUCGCCUCCGUGCUGGGACACAGCCGAUCUGGUGCCGGCCGCGCGUACCCCGCGAUGGUGUUCGCGGCGCUGCUGCUGUCUGCGACCAGCAGGUAGCAGUGACGUCACUGAACAGAAGAAUGUCGACGGUCGUCGCCUCCUUCAGUGCGGUGGCGAACCCGCUGCCCGCGUUGUGUGCGAGCACAUGCUACAACUGUGUUUUAGAAGGACCUCCUAUUUACAUUGCAGCAGACGUAACAGUUUACCGUGUUCGCUACGUACCAGCUGCACUGACUUUGUCAGUGACGAGACGUUUCGCAGGUCUUUCGUAUUUUUGAUAUAUACAUGUUGUCAGACGUUUAUCUUUCAUACGACUGCUUUGUACGUGGCGUUGCAGUAUUAUUGACGAGUUUUCGUUUGAGGAAAUUAAACUGUAAUUCAGAAUACCAAUCGCAUCUCAAUGUUACUGACGAUCCUCUGUAAAUAACUGUAAAUGUAAUUGUAGUCUUUGUUGUUUAUACUGUUGUGCAAAAUACAUAUCGAAUGUUCUCAGAACCUGAGUAAGGAAUACGUGUAUUCAGCUGUGUCAUAACAUAGACAUCAGCCUCCUCUUUAAUAGGUGACGUCUUAAAGUCAUUAUAUUUAUUUUAAAAUAUGUAGAUAAAUUUAAUGGUAGUGAAACUACAUCUGUUCAUAUAAACAAAAGCUUUGCCAUCAGUGUUGCUGUCUUUCGAACACUGAAGCACAAUAUUACCUCCCUACGUACAAAGCAGUCUCAACAGUCAAUCAGUAUUCCAAUUGUGAAACGCAGCUAUACAGUUAUCAUUUAAGCAGGAUAUGUGUGAGUGGUAAUUGUCCACGACAAUUGUUUGUACUUAGUUUGUUUAAUUAGUUUGGUCUGUUCAGCUGGUUGUGCCUUCUUCUGCAGUGGUGAAAUGUUUUCCUUUUUCGAUCCAUAGUAAAUAAGGUAGCUAAAUAUUGUCACAUCAUAAUACAUAGUCUUGUUAUUUUCUGAAAAUCCUGCACUGAGCAGUAUUUAAUAGGAUAUGUCAGUUUGAAAUCAAUUCGAGGGACGAUUUAUUGCCGAGAACACCUAUUAAAUUCGUAACAGAGGAGCACUCUGCGAAACAAAACAUUCGUAUAGUUAAUUGUAUAUUAUCAAGGCAACUUUGUUGGUAUCCAAGGUUCACUGCAACCUUCGAACACCCUUCUUGAUACGGUGUGGAUUCAAACACGAUUUGCUUGAGAUAUAUGGUCUUCGUGAUAUAUGGUCUUUGCUGUAUUUGAUGGUAAUCGAGUCAUCAUUUGAAAAUGAGUUUUAGCUUAACUGCUGUCAGGCAGAAUCCGUAUUUCCUCUCUGAUGUUAAUACUACUACUUCAACUGACUGCACGUCAGUACGGACAGCUUCUGAUGUAUUUUAGCGUCCUUCCAGUCUAUCUCGAGAAUUAUUUCCAAGGUAAUAUGGUGAGUAAAUUACGAUACUGUCUUAUAAGACGUCGUUAAUAGGCCAAGAAAAGUAUUUUUCUUGCGUAAAAUACGUUUUUGAGCCACAACACUUCAAAGCUAGAGGUAUCUGGCAUUAAUUAUACAUCAGUUCCAUCAUUCUGGAUACCAGUAUAUUCCUUUACAUUAGAAGUACAUUAUGUCCCAUUUUAACUAAAUAUACAGUUGGACGUUUCACACAUAGUAUACAUGUCAGAUACUGAGAUGGUGACUAUCAGCAAUUUCAAAAGUGUCGAAACUCGCGUGUGUUUGAAGCAAAUAGAAUGUCUUAGCUAACGCCUUCAGACAUCUUAAGGUGUGACAAAGAGAAGUGCAGUACCUACUUCUGUGUAGUUUGUGAGCUGUAAGAGUAGACAAUCUUAAUACCAGGAGAAGAAACAAAUUAAAUGACUAAAUAUGAAAGAGAUCGGCAUGAAAUCACUUUACUGUCCACUGAAUAUUCUCUCACUGUAUCGCAAAUUCCAACGGAGUUGAAACCACCUCCAGAUCCCUGAAAAAGAUUACUUUUACGUAAUAUAAAGUUACAGGAAAUUAAAAUAUUCCAUGGGAUAGCGUACCAUUGUUCUAUUAUCAAUAUAUCAUCUGGAAUUAUUUUAUUCAAUUUUCAUUUAAGUCUGUUGUCACGUAGAUGAUAUUGCACCAUAUCUUUUGCUAUAGAAACAUACCUUUAGUUAACUGAGCAGCGAUUUUCAACCCGAGUAUAGAGAAGGAAACUAAGGUAAUUCUUGUGUUUGCUCGUAAGCCAUGCCGCAUGCCCCUCUCAUCACUAUUCGAACCGCAACCAGCUGGCCAAAGCGCGAAAGAAACUGGGAACAAAUUUGCUUUUGUAAAUCUGCUAACCCCUUGUCCUUAAUUUUUGUAUCUCUUAUAUGGACGUCUGUAAAAACUUUUCAUGUGUUGAGAUUUUGAA